AUGUUCUACUAUGUUUAUCUCACAAAGUAUCGCACAUACAUUUUUACAAAUAGCGCUGACAAUACUCGGCGUGGAAACGCUCAGGUUGAUAUAGAUCACCCAGCCGUCGUACAGGUUGAAGAGUUGCAGAAGAACAUGUCUCGAUGGUCUCUCCUCCUCCCUCUACCACCUGAAGGAGGGGCAGCAGCAGGGGAAAUGAAUGCAAAGGAAGGUCGGUAUGCGGGCGGUCGCCGAGCCAUUGAUCAGUUAGAGGCUUCACUGAAUCCUCGAGGAACUCGAGAAUCUCACUUGCGUAAGGCCGUCUGUCAGCUGCGACCUAUUCUCAUCACUGCAGUUGCGGAGUGUCCGGUGGAGGUGCUAGUUGUGCCUGAAGAAGUGAAGGAGGAAGAAACUGAAUCUUCUUCGGUGAGUCCGUUUGCAUCGGUCGACAAGUACUUCAUUGAACUCGUUGUUCAACAAUACCUUUGUUCAUACCUUUUGCAGACGAAAGAUGCCCUGUCAAUUCUACUCGCAUGGCUUGAGACUGCAGUACACGGAGUCGCAAUGCGCUUGGGCGUCCCGAUUGCCAAAUUGGAAGAGAAAACGAAGGAUAUGAAGGCGGAGGAGGGAGAGGAGGCCGAUUCUGGUGAUGAAUCAGCGAAUGCGUAA